CGAGACGACCGACGCCCGUCUCUCGAGAUCCGACGAUCCUACCUGAAUUCCCCCGUGGCCCCAAUCACCGCUGCUCGAUCCCAGCUCGUCCAAACCCUUCUCAAAAAAAAGAAAAAAAAGAAAAAACCAUUUAAAAACACUUUUAUCGAAGAGAUUCGCUUCUCUAUCGUUCGCUACUCGUUCGUACGAUGAAAAAUACAAGGAGGAUGAAAUAUACAAACAGAGAUCGUGUUCUCGAUAACGGCCAAGAUCGCGUAGCCGUUUAUUUUACGGUAUCGUAGUGGUGGCAAGAAGAAAAAAGAAGAAGAAGAAGAAGAAGAAGAAGAAAAAUGAACUUGAACUCCAACUCGAGGCUGGCUCGAGCCGUUCUCCUGUCGGGAGACAGAUCGUGACCUGUGAUCAACAACCUGCGUACACCAACCCUCUUGUCGCCAGAAGAUGAGCGCCCCUUGCCUCUGUUACGUUCUGCUCACGUGGUGCACGCUGUGGCCCGCCGCCGGCCUAGCCGGCGAGCAGGAUUCGCAAAUCGAGAGGCCCGCCGGGGAUCCUCUCCGCCAUCACCAGCAGAACCAUCAACGGCCCUCGUUCAUCGAGCGCAGACUGGUCGACAGAUCCGAGGCUGCCACCGACUGCCUACCCCCGACCAAGCAACGACGCCUCGACGACCUCCACCCCCAGGAAACCACCCUGGUAUCCAGCCUCCCUCUCGAGACGAGCAUCGAGAGGCCGGUCGCUCAGAUCAGGCACGGUCGCUCGAGGGCCCAUUUCUCGAGACAGUCGAAGCCGGGAGAGGAAAGCUCGAGAGGAGGAGGAAGCGUGGGUAGUAGACGGAUGGGCGGCGGCAACGAGUCGGCAACGGCAUCCGCGCCGAGCGAGGACGUCCACGAUCCAACCGGGUCGUACAACGGCAGCCUCGAAGAGGAGGGGCUCUCGGAGGAGUCGAGGUGGCCGUUGGGCCAGGCGACGAUCGACGAACGAUCGACGGUCGAUCUCGACAAGUUGCUCACCAGAUUGUCCGAGGCUGGAAGGAAGGGGGGCAGGAGGAAGGGGGGGGAGUCUUUGGAGAAACUGAGGAAAGCGAUGGGGAGCGUGGGUAGGAGGAACAGGUCGCGGACCGCGUAUCGUCACGGUGCUGGUAGUGUUGAUAAUGGUGGUAAUCGGACCUGGGGGAGUUGGAACGGCACGGGCGUCUACGGCCACGUGGUGCGCGGUGGUUGGCGAGCCGACGAGGGGGGCGACGACGACGAGGACGACGACGCGAGGAUGGCGAUCCUCGAGGAGUACGACGUUUACGACGGCGACGAGGACGAGAAGGGGGGCGAGAACGGGUACAGGAACGGGUCGGGGAGCGGGUACGAGGAGUACGAGAAGGACGGGGGAGGGAGGAGGCCGGCCAAGGAGCCGGUGCACGUGGACAUCGUGACGAGGUUCCUGCGUAUAAUAGAGAAUCAGCAUCUCCUCGGCGAGAACUGCACAGCGGGGACCGACUUGAACCUGGGCGAGGGGAUCGUGGACAGAUACGCGCAGGAGAGGUUCCGUUUGGAGGCUAACCUCGCCGUGAACAGGGCCAACAUGCUCACGAGAUUGUGGAAAUACGCCCCGGACGUGAUGCUUUCCUCCGAGUACCUCCUUCACGCGAGCAUACUCUCCAUGGUCGAGUUCGACGAGGAUAUAUUCGCGGCAGGGAAUUGCUACGAUAAAUUGCAGUACAAGGAUCGCUGGCUUUACUGCCCCUUCGCCCACCGGUUGCAGGAUCAAGACGGGAUACUCGUCAAGGAUCUGGCGAUCGAGUACAAGUAUCUGAGUAACAGCAGCGAGUGGUUUUACAUAGCCAGGAAGAACGCGGAGCGGGUAAUCGCGAAUAACGAUCAGUUCAGUCGCGGUUUUCACACGUACACGUUGAACGAAACGACGCACACGGAACGGGAGGAGGACGAGAUAUUGACGGUGAGAUACGAGGAUGGAAGAUGGUCGAAACCUUACUACGAUUGCGGGGGUGGAAAUAUUUGGAUGUUGACGUACACCGUCCCCUUCUUCGGCUACGUCAACGAUACUUACUUCUUCAAGGGAACGAGUGGGAUAGAUAUCGACCUACGCAGGCUGGACAUAGAUCAGUGCCCUCUGCCUCCGGGCUCCACUCAAUUGAACAUAUUCGCAGCCAGUGACAAAUGCAAGAAGCGGACUACAGAGUGCAUCGCGAUCCCAGGGCUGGGAUUCCGUCGUGGAAGCUAUCGAUGCAUCUGCAAACGUGGCUUUUAUUAUCCCGACAUCAAAUCCUCCAGUCGAUACUACAAUGGCACCGUUAUCGAGGAAGAAUUCGAAAAGUUGAUGAUGGGAGAGGAGAGCCAAUACGACGAGGAUGGGGUGUUCGAGUGUCUUCCUUGUGCCGAGGGUUGCGAAUUCUGCGAGGACGAUUCCCCGUGCGUGGUAUCCUUGAAUUGGCUGAUGAGAACCGCGAUUCUCAUCCUGGAGUGCUGUGUCAUCGCCUGUUUGCCGGCGGUCGCCCUUUUCACUUGGAAAUAUGGAAACGUGAAGGUGGUGAGAGCUGCAAGCCCAGUUCUUUUACGAGUCAUUGUGCUUGGUGCGUUCUUCAUAUACUGCACCACGAUAGUAAUGUACCCCCGUCCAAACGUCAUAACCUGUACGGUGCGUGUCUGGCUUCGGGAGAUUGGAUUUUCCCUCACUUACGGCGCUCUCAUGCUCAAGACUUGGCGGAUAUCGGUAAUAUUUCGGGUGAAAUCAGCGAAAGCUGUGAAAAUAACGGAUGGCAGCCUUCUAAAACGGUUAGGCGUCAUCGUAAUGAUAUUCAGCGUGUUCCUGAGCAUUCGUACAUUGGUGGCGCCACCUGUGGUGAUUGUGGCGCGAACAGCGGAUGAUCUGAAAGCUUAUCUGUGCCGAACAGAUUGGUGGGAUCACAGUUUCACUACACUCGAGGUUAUGUUCCUCAUAUGGGGCAUCAGGUUGUGCAUCGUGGUGAGAAAGACACCGUCGGAGUUUAACGAGAGUCGAUUCAUCUCGAUGGCCAUUUACAACGAAUUUUUAUUGUCAGUCUUCCUCAAUGUCUCUAUGUUGUUCUUGCAGUCACCAGCCAAUCCGGAUUUAUUGUACGUGAUAUUUUUCUGUCACACCCAGCUCACGGUCACGUUGCUUCUCUGCCUCAUAUUCGGCAGCAAGGCCUACAUGGUGUUCCGUAGCGGGGGCAAAGAGGACUCGAAACACUCCGGGGCCACUGGAAAAUUUCUAGGGAAAGGUAGCCGCCCACCGGGUACCAGCAAUCAGACAAACUCGAUAUCCCUUCAGCAAGGAAACUUCACGGAUGAAAGUGAUGGAGCGACGGAGGAAUUCCGUCGAUUCAUCAAUCAAUUAGAAGUUUUGAAAGAAAAGAAUGUUCUGCUCGGUAAUCACCAUUUGGUGAACAAACUCGCAGCCAUGCAGGAAGCCGCGAAUCGAGCCGAAACGCAGGUAUCCACGAUCCAGGCGAUUUCCUCCAGUAUGAGACUGAACGAUCUUAAUGGAUCUACAACAAUCGCCGAAACGGAUGUUGGAGGUUCCUUGAAAGGCGACAGAAAAGGUGGGGAAGUGAAAGGGGAGAAGAAAUGCGAGGCCUGCGUGGAAAAGAACGGAAUCAGAGGCGUGGAUCAAGGCUCGUCCAAAGAAAGAGAGGCCCUUGUUUCCGUCGAGAUGAAGAAACCAAUGAGAACCAACGACGUUGCUGUCUCAACUUCUGGUAGGCCCGCCACGGAGGAUAUCGGAACGGAGACGAAACACGAGGAGAAAAAAAGCGAGGUUAGGGAACGAGACAAAAGCAAGAGUAAAUCCGGUCAUGCGAGAACGCAUGCUAUAGUCAUCAAUCUAGACGAUAAAAGCAGAUUCUCUGAAGAAGUCACCGUGUAAAGGAUUGGAUUAUUGUUAUUUCUGUGAAUCGUGAACUCAGUGAAAGUCUUUUUCUCUUCAGUUAUCUUUGAAUAUAAAGAAAUUUGAAAUCGAAUGACUCGAACGAAAAUUUUGUUUUAGAGUGUAAGUGCGUAAAGCUAAAGAAUUUUCGUGCUGAUGUGUUCGUGUUUCAUUUCGAUCCCGUUUCGAUCGUGUUUUCUUUUAUUGCUGUUUUUAUAAAAAUAUAUUUUGUUGAUUAAAAAUUGAAGUGGAAAUGAGAUUCAAUUCGAUGGAAGUAAUUGCAGUGAAAUAUCGAUACGAGAAAAAUUUUCUAGGAUUUAA